AUGGCACCAGCCCCGGACUCUCCGUCUCAGGCGGACACGCCGAUGACUGAUGCGAAUGAUGAUGCUAUCCCAUCAGUUCCCGUCGACGCGCCUGACUCCGAGACCAACCCCAAUACAACAGCGAGCAGCGUCGCGGGCGAUGUCGCUCUAGGUGAUGGACGACGACGUAGAUCAGAGGCGACACAGCUGAGGAAAAGCAUUCUGGGCAAGAAGCAGAGUCGCCUAGAUGAGUCUAAGGAGGAUGAUUCAAUUCGUCGAUUCCGAUACCUGCUCGGCCUCACGGAUCUGUUCCGCCACUUUAUUGAGACCAACCCCAAUCCACGAAUCAAGGAGAUUAUGGCCGAAAUCGAUCGACAAAAUGAGGAAUCAGAGGCCAGAGCUCGCAAGGGAUCAUCCCGCACCGGCGGUGCAGGUGGAGAUCGUCGUCGAAGAACGGAACAAGAGGAAGACGCGGAGCUUCUGCAGGAUGAGAGACGUGGCGGGGAGACCACCACCAUCUUUAGAGAAUCCCCAGCUUUCAUCCAGGGUGAGCUGCGUGACUACCAAGUUGCCGGUUUGAACUGGCUGGUUUCCCUUCAUGAAAACGGCAUCUCCGGUAUCCUAGCAGAUGAAAUGGGUCUGGGAAAGACCUUGCAGACCAUAUCAUUUUUGGGAUAUCUACGAUAUGUCUGCGACAUUCCAGGUCCUCAUCUGGUUGCGGUUCCCAAGUCGACUCUCGACAACUGGAAGAGAGAAUUCGCUAGAUGGACACCGGACAUCGACGUCGUCGUUCUACAAGGUGAUAAAGAGCAGCGACAGCGCCUCAUUAAUGAACGCUUGGUGGAUGAAAAAUUUGAUGUGUGCAUUACCAGUUACGAAAUGAUUCUCCGCGAGAAGUCAGCCCUAAAAAAGUUUGCUUGGGAAUACAUUAUCAUCGACGAAGCCCACCGCAUUAAAAACGAAGAAUCCUCGCUAUCGCAAAUUAUUCGUCUCUUCAACUCUCGCAACCGACUGUUGAUCACCGGAACUCCUCUGCAAAACAAUCUCCAUGAACUGUGGGCGCUGCUCAAUUUCUUGCUUCCGGAUGUUUUUGGGGAUUCGGAGGCCUUCGAUCAAUGGUUCUCCAACCAGGAAUCCGACCAGGAUACUGUUGUGCAACAACUUCACCGUGUACUUCGCCCUUUCCUACUGCGGCGUGUGAAGAGUGACGUUGAAAAGAGCUUGCUGCCAAAGCAAGAGAUGAAUCUUUACGUGCCCAUGUCUGAUAUGCAGGUGAAGUGGUACCAGAAGAUUUUAGAAAAAGAUAUCGAUGCUGUCAACGGCGCUGCUGGAAAGCGGGAGUCAAAGACUCGUCUCCUGAAUAUUGUUAUGCAAUUGCGAAAAUGUUGCAAUCACCCCUACUUGUUUGAGGGUGCUGAGCCUGGUCCACCCUACACGACUGAUGAACAUCUUGUGUUCAACUCAGGCAAGAUGGCUAUUUUGGAUAAGCUUUUGAAACGCAUGCAAACCGACGGUAGCCGGGUACUCAUCUUCUCUCAGAUGAGCCGUGUUCUGGAUAUUCUGGAAGAUUACUGUGUGUUUCGUGAAUUCAACUAUUGUCGAAUUGAUGGUACUACGGCUCAUGAAGAUCGCAUCGCUGCUAUUGAUGAUUACAACAAGCCGGGGUCGGAUAAAUUUGUUUUUCUUCUCACUACUCGUGCCGGUGGCCUUGGUAUUAACUUGACAAGUGCCGAUAUUGUCGUGCUUUUUGAUAGCGACUGGAACCCCCAGGCCGAUCUGCAGGCCAUGGAUCGUGCCCACCGAAUUGGUCAGACUAAGCAAGUCAAGGUUUUCCGAUUCAUCACUGAAAACGCAAUUGAGGAGAAGGUUCUCGAGCGUGCUGCUCAGAAGUUGCGAUUGGAUCAACUGGUUAUCCAACAAGGCCGUGCUCAACAACAAUCCAAGAACGCCGCCUCGAAAGACGACCUUCUUGGAAUGAUUCAGCAUGGUGCAGCAAAUGUCUUUAAUCCCAAGAGUGCCGGCGAGGAUGAGGCCGGCGACAUAUCUCAGGAUGAUUUUGAAUCCAUUCUUCGCAAGGGAGAGGCGCGCACAGCUGAAUUGAACAAGAAGUACGAGAAGCUUGGUAUCGACGACUUGCAGAAAUUCACCUCUGAAAGUGCAUAUGAAUGGAAUGGCAAAGACUUCACAGAGCGAAAGAAGGACAUUGGUAUGACUUGGAUCAAUCCGGCCAAACGUGAGCGCAAGGAACAAUUCUACUCAAUCGACAAGUAUUAUCGCCAAGCUCUGGCCACUGGAGGCCGAACUGCCGACACAAAGCCCAAGGUGCCACGUGCGCCCAAGCAAACCACUGUCCAUGACUGGCAAUUCUUCCCACCAGGGCUACAGGAGUUGCAGGAGAAGGAAACUGCAUUCUUUCACAAAGAGAUUGGAUACAAAACUCCUCUGCCUGAGGGACCGGAAGAAGAGCUUAGCGAACGGGAGGCAGAGCGUGACUUGGAACAACAAGAGAUCGAUAAUUCCCAGCCCCUGACUGAAGAAGAACGGGCUGAAAAGGAGCGAAUGUCAGAGGAGGGCUUUUCCACCUGGAAUCGCCGUGAUUUCCAGCAAUUUGUCAACGGAUCAGCCAAGUUCGGCCGCACUGACUACGUAGGCAUUGCGACCGAGGUGGACAGCAAAGAGCCGGAUGAGAUUGAGGAGUAUGCGGAAGUUUUCUGGCGGCGAUACACUGAGAUUCAAGACUACCCCAAGUAUCUCCGGGUGAUUGACCAGGGUGAAGAUAAGCUUCGCAAGAUGAAUCACCAACGAAAGAUGCUACGCAAGAAGAUGGAAAUGUAUCGGGUGCCGUUGCAGCAGCUCAAGAUUAACUACACUGUAUCUACGACCAACAAAAAGGUGUACACGGAGGAAGAAGAUCGCUUUUUGUUGGUGAUGUUGGACAAGUAUGGUGUUGAAGGUGAUGGUCUUUACGAGAAGAUCCGCGACGAAGUCAGGGAUUCCCCUCUUUUCCGAUUCGACUGGUUCUUCCUGAGCCGUACACCCGUCGAGAUUGGCCGUCGUUGCACCACCCUUCUCAACACAGUCGCAAAGGAGUUUGAACCCGAUACAAAGGCCAAUGGGGAGGGCAAGGGAGAAGGCAAAGGCCGCGGUCGAGACCGUGACGAGGAUGAAGAAAAUGAUGACGCGGCCGCCCCUGCAAAGAAGAAGGCUAAGAAUGGCGCCACAACCAAGGCGAAACCUGCUAAGGGUGGUAACAAGACUGCCUCAACAUCAACCUCCCGGGCGGCUAGUGUCUCAAAUGCCCCCAAGUCGAAGACUCGUAAGCGAUGA